CCGCCGCCCGCAGCACCCGCCGUGCCAUGUCCUGGGCCGUGCUCCUCGGCCUCCUGGCCGCGCUGCUGCUGCUGCUGCUGCUCACCCGCCGGCGCACACGGAGACCUGGCGAGCCUCCCCUGGACCGUGGCAGCAUUCCCUGGUUGGGCCAUGCCUUGGACUUUGGAAAAGAUGCUGCCAGUUUCCUCACUAGGAUGAAGGAGAAGCAUGGUGACAUCUUUACUAUACUGGUAGGGGGCAGAUAUGUCACUGUCCUCCUGGACCCACACUCCUAUGACUCGGUAGUGUGGGAGCCGCGCACCAAGCUGGACUUCCACGCCUAUGCCAUCUUCCUCAUGGAGAGGAUUUUCGACGUGCAGCUUCCACAUUAUAGCCCCAGCGAUGAAAAGGCCCGGAUGAAACCGACUCUCCUCCACAGAGACCUCCAGGCACUCACGGAAGCAAUGUAUACCAACCUGCGCACUGUCCUGCUGGGCGACGCUGCGGAAGUGGGUGGUGACUGGCGUGAGAUGGGUCUCUUUGAUUUCUCCUACAGCUUCCUGCUAAGGGCUGGCUACCUGACACUGUAUGGAGUCGAGGCAUCGCCACAAACCCAUCAGAGCCAGGCCCAGGACCGUGUCCACUCAGCUGACGUCUUCCACACCUUCCGCCAGCUCGACCUGCUGCUCCCCAAACUGGCUCGAGGCUCCCUGUCAGUUGGGGAUAAGGACCAUGCAUGGAGUGUCAAAGGUCACCUGUGGAAACUGCUGUCCCCAGCCAGGCUGGCCACCAGAGCCCACCGGAGCACCUGGCUGGAAAGUUACAUGCUGCACCUGGAGGAGAUGGGUGUGUCGGAGGAGAUGCAGGCACGGGCCCUGGUGCUGCAGCUCUGGGCCACACAGGGGAAUAUGGGUCCUGCUGCUUUCUGGCUCCUGCUCUUCCUUCUCAAAAAUCCUGAGGCCCUGGCUGCUGUCCGCGGAGAGCUUGAGCCUGUCCUCUGGCAAAGGGAUCAGCCUGUCUCACAGAUGACCACCCUCCCACAGAAGGUUUUAGACAACACGCCUGUGCUCGACAGUGUGCUGAGUGAGAGCCUCAGGCUCACGGCUGCGCCCUUCAUCACCCGCGAGGUUAUGGUGGACCUGUCCUUGCCCAUGGCAGAUGGGCGGGAAUUCAGUCUGCGACGUGGGGACCGCCUCCUCCUCUUCCCCUUUCUGAGUCCCCAGAAAGACCCAGAAAUCUACACUGACCCAGAGGUGUUUAAAUACAACCGAUUCCUGAACCCGGACGGAUCAGAGAAGAAAGACUUUUACAAGGACGGAAAACGGCUGAAAAAUUACAACAUGCCUUGGGGCGCGGGACACAAUCAGUGCCUGGGGAGGGCUUACGCCAUCAACAGCAUCAAACAGUUUGUGUUCCUGGUGCUGGCGCACCUUGACCUGGAGCUGAUCAGCAUGGGCGCGGAGAUCCCCGAGUUUGACCUCAGCAGGUACGGCUUCGGGUUGAUGCAGCCCGAGCACGACGUGCCCGUCCGGUACCGCGUCCGCCCAUGAGCCGCCUGGCCUCUGCCCACUCGCCUCCAACCAGCCUCCCCCACCUCCCAGCUACCUGUGUCCAAUUUGGCCUGGAUACAGGUGCCAGCGUUACCUCUUUCCUGCUUUGCUCCCAGAAGGCUGUGUCCAGGCUAGGGAAAGAGGGCAAGCCGAGAGAGGGUGGAUCAAGAAAAGACAUCAGAAGCUCUAUGGAGCUUGACCACAGCCAAACUUAUUUCCAAAAUCAGGCUCUUUCUGCUCCCAGCUCACCUUGCUCCUCUCACCUUGUGACAGCCACAAUAGCUAACACAGGGCAGAACAAGGGGCCUCACUGCUGUGUCUUCAGCUCCCAGAAGGGCCACCUGCUAAGUCUUAUGCAACUGGUGUGGUCCAGGCCUUGCCCAGGCAAAGCAGACACUAGCCAUAGAAAGGCCAGUCUGGACCUAGCAGUGUGUCCACUGGAAUAGCUCUAUUGCCCGGUGAUUAUUAAACUAGCUAAGGCCAAAGGAGUCCCUUAGAGUAUCUGCUUCCCCGGGUGCCCCAUUUGCUGGACACUCCCUCAUCUCCAUUCACACUGAUACUCAAGAAAAUGCAGGCAGGUUUUCCCGAGGCUGGUGCAUCCACGGUGCAGAACGUGGGUGCCCUCUAAACACAGGCCUCUCAGGAUAGAGUUCUCUUUUCUGGAAUUAUGGGCACCAGAUGGGAUGGGUUUCCCAGUGCCGAGACUCAGGUAGGGAACUAAGGAAAACAAGCCAAGAUGGGAUGGCUGGAAGGAACCAGUCAGGGCUCCUUAGACUGGUCAGGCCAAAAAGAAGAGGUGUUGAUCUCAGACAGUCAGUGUGGAAGCUCCAGCUGUACACAUGAGCCAGUCUCCAGAUGGGUUUGUUUGGCCUACACUUAAAAAAAAUUAUUUUAGUUGUUAUAUCAUUUUUGGGGAGUGUUCAUUCAAAAUGUCCAGCUUGUCUUGAAAACUUGGGAGACCUAGCCACAUGAGGCCCACAUUCCCAAGGAGCUGAAGAGCAGCUGCCUCCCUUAUGUGGGGUCUGUGCUCUCUCGUUCACCAGGGCUUUGCCUGGCCUGCUCCCCCAUUCACAGAACCUCCUGGCCCUGAAGGCACUUGGGUUUGAGACCCUGUUCCAGCUCUUAGAAGUGAUAUUGUGGGAAGUGGUGGGAACCAGCUGAUUGGUCUUCACACUGGUUGUCCAUCCCAGCCUGGGUGCCCCACCCUUUGAACGCACAGAUCAGUAAUGAAAACUCACUUUGCCUCAGCUUUAGAAAAAGAACAACUUAAAGAGAAAAAUUGCCUGCAAACCUUUAUGAUGAUGGUAAAUGUUGUUAUUAAUAUUAGGUGCUGUUUAUUGAGUACCCUUUGAAUGCCUGUGACAGGCACAGGAGACAUAGAAUUUCUACUCCUCACAGCAUUUCUGUUAUGAGGUUAUGUCCACUUUACAGAUGAGAAAACAGGCUCAGAGAAGUGAAGUGACUUGCCUGGGGUCACACAGCUCGUGAGCUGGUAGAAAUCGGCAAACAGAACUAUUGUCCCAGGAGCAAACACUGGGUGGGCAGCUUUUCAUUACUUGGAGUCAAGGUGGGGAAGUUCUGUUUGGCAUCGGAGAGCUGACAGAACCAGAGGCACCCAAGCGUGGAUUGGAUGCAUCUCAUGAGACACAAACUCACAUAGACACACAUCACUAGGUUUCUCUGGCUUUAGCUGGAGGGAGAGAAGAGUACCUGAGACCUCUGAAAUGUUCCAGGGGCUAGUCCCCUCUCGGAGCAGCGCUAGAGCUUGGGGGCUUCCCUGACCUGCAGCCUCCAGGCACCCCCGGGAUUUCCAGAUAGACAGUGUGAUUGGCAGGAGGUGGGAUAUCCCCAGGGAAACCCAUCUUCACGCCUGGGUGACCCUGCUGCCGCCUGCUUCUUAACUCUGCAGGAAAUCAGAGCUGGCAGCCUCCUGUGGGAGGACAGAGCCAGUUUCCAUGGCAACCCUCAGCUGUCUCAUCCUGGCUUGGAAGGGAAGGAAGAAAGCCAGCAGAAAUAGCUGUGGAAGGUCUCUCCUUGCAGGCUGCAACUCUGGUGUGCUGGGGGCGGGGAAGCCCUUAUGACUUUCCCCUUCCAAAUCUGGGCUGGUUGUCACUGGGACUAGAGUCUCACCAGCCUUCAAAGAAGGGCCAGUUCCCUUUAAAGAUGGCACCUCCUUGGAGGCAUGAUCAUUAGAGAAUUACGCGAGGAAAAGACGGGUCUCCCACCAGUCAGCUCCAGCUGGGUCCUGAGAUACUGAAGAGCAGCUCGGGAGACAAAGAUUUAAACCUGCUCUUGCUUUAAUCUUUAUUAUUUUUCUUUUCCUUUUUUUCUCCCCUCUUUUUUUUUUUAAUAUAAACUAUAGAGAAAAGAGGGAGAGAUGAGUAGCUGCUUACUACAGGUUAGUUAGGAAGGUAUCUGGAUGUCGUUGUAUUUCUUUAUAUCUUGCUUGAGAAUGACAAGAUUGUGGGGCACAUGUUAGAAAUACCCUUAGGUGGCCCCAAUGAAGUGUUUCCUCACCACUGUCAUUGUCAUUAUUUUCUGCUGUAUUUUGUAUUGUCAUUUACCAAAUAUUUGCAUUUAAAUAGACUCACUUUUUAAACUUAAAAUAAAUUUGUUUAAAAAGGGAAUGUUUUUCUUCACUGCUGGUAAUGGACAACACGUUUCACUCACUGCCAAAAAUAGAAGAUGACUGUGAAAAAUAAAUUCGCUGGCAUGGGGGCUCCAUGCUGGUGUCGCCAGGCUCAGAGCCUGAGUGCUAUCUCUGCUCUGUCACAAAAUGAAAGAAGUGAGCAUACCAUAGCUUUAAGGCCACACCAGCAUCUCCCUGAGGCUUUCUCCUUGACAGAACCACGGGGGAAGAAAGUGACAGAAAGAGAAGUCACUUACUCAGCACAUGGGCCACCUAGGGCCAUCUCUUGCCACCAGCAGACUCACCACAGGGAACUGGUGGUGUCUUCCCUGCCCAUUCUCCAGAUGCACAAACAGGCUCUGAGAGUUGAUGUGUCUUCCCCAAAGUCAUUGAUCCUGAUAUUUUUAAAAAAUAAACACAGUGUUUCAUGAGUAGCAGUGAUUGUUAUGCUUUGCUAUUUUAAUAAAGAGUUCUAUUUUCAUGUAA